AAAGAGAACCAUGACCAGAGGGAAGUCUGAGCAGUGAAACAUGGGAAGCAAACCCUCACAGGCACACCGAGGAUUGUAGAAAUGGGAAAACUGGAGUUCUUCUGACAGCUGCAAGUGGAGUGUCUGUGUUUUUUUUUCUUUCUCAUCACUAUGUGUGAGGAAUGGAUGUGGGUCGGAUGCCAGUUCAUUUUUGUGACGGAUACCAGGACUGGCAAUUUACCAGCAUGAGUUACCGAGGGCAGAGUAACUGAUAUCAAUGUUCUUUUGGACUCUGGAGGGAGGACCAUGGCGAAAGGGAAGGGACUGCUAUUUCCACUGCUGUACUUUAUGGCAGAGUUUUGGCUCACUUCGCAGCAAGUCCUGAGAAUUGGCGGCAUCUUCGAGACACUUGAAAACGAGCCCAUAAGUGUUGAAGAGCUGGCCUUUAAAUUUGCUGUGACCAACAUAAACAGGAACCGGACCUUAAUGCCAAACACCACGUUGACCUAUGACAUCCAGAGAAUAAACCUAUUCGACAGCUUUGAGGCCUCGAGGAGAGCCUGCGACCAGUUGGCGUUGGGCGUGGGGGCCGUGUUCGGACCCUCGCACAGCUCAUCCGUCAGCGCGGUCCAGUCCAUCUGUAACGCCCUGGAAGUCCCUCACAUCCAGACACGAUGGAAACACCCGUCAGUGGACAACCGAGACAGCUUCUUCAUCAACCUCUACCCGGAGUACGCGUCCAUCAGCCGCUCCGUGCUGGACAUCGUGCAGUACUACAAGUGGAAGACAGUCACCGUGGUGUACGAGGACGCAACUGGACUGAUUCGUUUGCAAGAGUUGAUCAAAGCUCCGUCCAGAUACAGCAUCAAGAUCAAGAUCCGCCAGCUGCCGACAGGAAGUAAAGACGCCCGCCCUCUGCUCAAAGAGAUGAAGAAGGGGAAGGAGUUCUACGUCAUAUUCGACUGCUCUUACCAAACAUCAGCUGAUGUUCUCAAGCAGAUCUUGUCCAUGGGGAUGAUGACGGAGUAUUAUCACUUCUUCUUCACCACGCUGGACCUGUUCGCCCUCGACCUGGAGCCGUACCGCUACAGCGGCGUCAACAUGACGGGCUUCAGGCUGCUCAACAUCGACAGCCCCCAGGUGGCCUCGGUGGUGGAGAGGUGGGCCAUGGAGCGGCUCCAGUCUCCCUCCAAAGCUGAGACUGGGAUGAUGGAGGGGAUGAUGACAACCGAAGCGGCUCUGAUGUACGACGCCGUCUACAUGGUGGCCUCGGCCUCGCAGCGCGCCGCCCAGCUCACCGUCAGCUCGCUGCAGUGCCACAGACACAAGCCCUGGCGCUUUGGAUCACGCUUCAUGAACAUGCUGAAAGACGCACAGUGGAACGGCUUGACGGGACAAAUAAUUAUAAACAAGACGGACGGCCUGCGGAAAGAGUUCGAUUUGGAUGUCAUCAGCCUCAAGGAGGACGGCUUGGAGAAGAUCGGUGUGUGGAACUCCCAAACAGGCCUUAAUCUAACAGAAAGCAACAAGGACUCAUCCACAAAUGUCACUGACUCCAUGGCCAACAGAACCCUUAUCGUCACAACUAUUCUGGAAAACCCUUACGUCAUGUAUAAGAAGUCGGACAAGCCGCUGUAUGGGAACGACCGCUUCGAGGGCUACUGCCUGGACCUGCUCAAGGAGCUCUCCAACAUCCUGGGCUUCUCCUACGAGGUGAAGCUGGUGACAGACGGCAAAUACGGAGCUCAGAACGACAAGGGCGAGUGGAACGGCAUGGUGCGGGAACUCAUCGAUCACGUGGCAGACCUCGCCGUGGCGCCGCUCACCAUCACAUAUGUGAGGGAGAAGGUGAUCGAUUUCUCCAAACCCUUCAUGACGCUGGGGAUCAGCAUCCUGUACCACAAACCCAACGGCACCAACCCGGGAGUGUUCUCCUUCCUCAACCCGCUCUCCCCUGAUAUCUGGAUGUAUGUGCUGCUGGCCUGCCUGGGAGUCAGCUGCGUGCUGUUUGUCAUUGCCAGGUUCACUCCCUACGAGUGGUACAACCCCCACCCCUGCAACCCAGACUCGGACGUGGUGGAAAACAACUUCACUCUAAUAAACAGUGUCUGGUUUGGAGUUGGAGCUCUGAUGCAACAGGGAUCUGAACUGAUGCCGAAGGCCCUCUCCACCAGGAUAGUGGGUGGAAUCUGGUGGUUCUUCACUUUGAUCAUAAUCUCCUCCUACACGGCCAACCUGGCUGCCUUCCUCACUGUGGAGAGGAUGGACUCCCCGAUCGACUCCGCCGACGACUUGGCCAAGCAAACCAAAAUAGAGUAUGGCGCCGUGAGAGACGGCUCCACCAUGACCUUCUUCAAGAAAUCAAAGAUCUCAACCUAUGAGAAAAUGUGGGCGUUCAUGAGCAGCAGGAAAAACACGGCCCUGAUGAAAAACAACCGGGAGGGGAUUCAGAGGGUCCUGACCACGGACUACGCUCUCCUGAUGGAGUCCACCAGCAUCGAGUACAUCAGCCAGCGUAACUGCAACCUCACACAGAUCGGAGGCCUGAUAGAUUCGAAGGGCUACGGCGUGGGAACCCCGAUCGGCUCCCCGUACAGAGACAAGGUCACCAUCGCCAUCCUGCAGCUGCAGGAGGAGGGGAAGCUGCACAUGAUGAAGGAGAAGUGGUGGAGGGGCAACGGCUGCCCGGAGGAGGACAGCAAGGAGGCCAGCGCCCUGGGGGUGGAGAACAUCGGAGGAAUCUUCAUCGUGCUCGCCGCCGGACUAGUGCUCUCGGUGUUUGUAGCGAUCGGAGAGUUUAUUUACAAAUCCAGGAAGAACCUGGACAUUGAGGAGGUGAGUGUGGGCCAGUGUGAAUGGCACAACAAGUAUUAAACCAGACUGUGAGGAACCUUCCACACGUCUGCGUUUGUUAUUGUUGUCGUCAGAGGACUGCAGUGAAUCACUGGGCCAGCAACAACAAAUUAAUUCUCACUGUUCUGAAUGUGUUGAACUGCAUUGUUACAAUCAAAAAAAAAAACUUUUUAACGCAGAUUUUAGUAUUUUGAGUAGUUUUGACGUAGAGCACAUGAACAUUUUGUUCCCCGAUUGGAAGAUUUUUCAUUCAAAUCCUUUCUAUGACGACGGAUGGUUGUCGACUGCUGACAUCAUGACACUUGACCAUCUUGGCCUUUCUGUUUUUCGAAAUAUAAAACAACAAAAAAAAAUGUAACACUGUCGUUUUGUGUGGAAAAAAAUGUCAUUGUCCUGCCAUGAUGUUGUGGGGAAGUGGUGGUGAGUGGUAUCUUUAUGUUUGCAGUAGGUUUAUAGCGCACAGACAUAACAGCACUACUUCUUACCAUGUUUGUGUGUACUUGUGUAUUUCAAAGCCUCUUUUGAUUUACUCGGUUGUGUCCGAUUCGUUAAAUGAAUGACUGCUCCCUCUGAAUUUCAUCGAGUUGCUUAUUGUGUUAUACUUUGUUUUUUUUUUGUUAUUUUUUUGCUUUUUAUAUCAUGAAGUUCAUGAACAAGCAUGU